AUGUAUCUAAAAGUGAUCUCUUUCUUUUUUCUGAUCCACAACGUGCUUUCUGAUGAAAUUGUAUUAAACUGUGACAAUAUUCGUGAAUUCGUUGACGGACACAAUGAUCGUCGUUUAAAGCUCGCUAAAGGGGAAGUGGAAAACCAACCUCCGGCUAGUGAAAUGCAAUAUCUGAUUUGGGAUCAUGAACUUGAAGAUAAAGCUGUCAAAUGGGCUGCCCACUAUACAACUGAACACGAAUCAGACGACACUCUAAGUUCAGGUCGUUUCCAAAUAAAUCAAAAUACGUUGAAAAUUGUCAGUUCGGAAGAAGAUUAUAAGGUUGUUAUUAACGAUGUGCUCGACACUUGGUUUAAUGAAAAUGAUAAAUAUACUUACGGUCCUUUCACUGGCUAUGAAGACGAAUUUGGAGACUACUUGAGGAUGGCACAAUCUAAGGCUAAAUAUAUAGGUUGCGGUAUGUCUGAACGAGACGAAGAUGGCUGGAAAGCGUUCUAUGUUGUUUGCAACUACGGGCCAAGCAAUGAGAAAUACAAGUCACAAGAGCCUUACAGCACCAGCGCACCAAAUGAUCAACUAGAAUAUGAUCCGGAAGAGUACGAACACCGUUAUGGUUAUACAUGCCAAUAAUUUAAUAAACGACUAAUUUUAGCAACUUGUUAACAAUUAUUUGGUGUUAAAAACUUCU